UGCAUCACUUUGUCGAUAUAUGGUCUCUUGUCAAAAACUUUUAAAGUCCGGGAAGCCUAUCGAGGCUCUAUUAGAAUUUUCAAAAUUUUGUCAGAUGCUUUGUCAACAAGAUAUAAGCCCCCUUUCAAAUUCUCCCCAUCUCAUGUACUGGCUGGAAUUUUUUAGUUGUCUUGCACUUUUCUCAACAGCAGCCUAUAUUGGCAUCUUGAAGUCUAAAGAAUGUCAAUUUAUUCUUCCCAAAUCAUACCCUUUGAAUGCUGUGUCCAUCUAUAUGACAUUUCACAAUAAAGACACGCUUAUUCAAGAUUUGUGCAAAAAGAAAUAUCUACAGAAAUAUGGCAGCGAUCUUUUGAAAUCGCCAGAGUGUAUCGUGCAACUGUUAGAAAGACUGACUGACAGACCAGUUUCAUAUUUGAAACUAGAAGGAAACCAAGCACAAGAAAAUCAAAAGCAUGCAUUUUUAGAGAGGUUACUGAAGUUAUGUCUGAUUCUUUUUUGCAAUGUUAGAAAUGAGUUUCAUUCUGCAGCGGACAUCGAAGAGAUGCUUGCUUGCAAAGUAUACUAUUUGAAUAGGAAAAUGGAGAUUCUUUUAAAAAAGAAAAAUAAAUUACCUGAAAAUUUACAAAAUAUUCAGUUUACAGAGCCGGAGAAUUUCAGAAAGAUGUUGCUUUUCAUUGUUUAUCAAGAAUCCAAUGAUGAACUGCAAGAGCACACAUGGAGUUUUGGAAACUUUCAAAUAUCAUUUUUUGAUAUUGAAAGACGUGAAGAAAAACGUUUUUUAUCACCUAAUACAGAGAUAAAGAUUAAAAGUACAGAGAGCAUUUUAAGAACAAAACACAAAACGGGUGCGUUAAAGACAUUGCCUUGUACAAAAGCUUUAAGGACAGCCAGUCUAAAAAGUGGACGUUUAAGUUGUUUAGAAGAAGACACACAGGAGACAGUUUUAUAUGAAAGGGAUUCCAAAGUUGACAUGAAACAGAGCAAUUCUAAAGAAACCCCUAUAGAUACUGAAGGAGAGUGCGCAAAAACUAUCGUUAAAUAUUUUCGUUACGUGUUGCUACACAAAAGAGCACCUCAAAUCAGUGAAUUGUUGAAAGAAAAACUUUUGAAGAAAAAGAUGACAGAAAUAAAUUCAUUGCUAGGUUGUUCAAAUGACAAUACUUAUGAAUGCCAAGUAUGCGGAUGUCCUCUCUAUAGUCCUACAGGUGAUUCAGAAAGAAAAGAUUCUGUGAUUAUUUUAUCGUAUUCAGAUGAGGAACAAACUCAAGAAAGAAUAACGACUGAUACAACGUUUAAUGAAGAGAAUGAUGUGUAUGAUUCGUUUCACGUUUUUCCGUCAUCUUCAAAAGCAGAAAAACCUGAUUAUCCAUUUGAACUUUUACUUCGAAGUGAUUUCUCCAAAGAGGAAAGACCUCUGGAAAACAUUAAAGAACAUUAUGAAAGCCUUGAACAUCGAAAGAAGGAAAACGAAUAUGAAGCUUUUAAACUUAUGUACUGCAACGAAAUAUAUGACACCAUUAAAGAAAUUGAACGGUUCAUAAAAAAGCAUAAAAUACAAAACGAGGAAUUUAGUGAUCGUUUUGAAAACAUAUCAUUCUAUACAAACAGUCUUUGCAAAAAAGUUGGACAGCUAAAUGAAUUAGUUAAUCAUAUUGCAGAGGCGAAAGACUGGGGCAACAGCCAUAUUACAGAAAUUCUCGAAAGUGUUCGUCAUAAUUAUGAUAUUGUGAAAGAUCAUGUAAAAUCUAUCACAGAACAGGAAAAAAAGAAAAGGAAAGAGCUGCGAAAUCAAAGGCGGCUCGGAAGCAGCGGGAAAGAGGACGAAGAUCAUCUUCAUACAAAGAAAAAGAAAAAGAAGAUGAAAGUCUUGCAGAAAUUCACUUUUUCUAGUUCUUCCACUGCAUUUUAAAACCUAAAAAUAUGUUAAAUCUGCAUGUUCAUUACAUGUGUAUGAUGUGCAUUCAAGGUAAAACAGAUAUCGAUGUACAUGUUUAUUUGUCUAUUCCGAAGGGAAAUCCAAUUCUGCUUUUUAUAUACAGUGUGCAUCAUUUGUAAUAAGGACUAUAUGUAAUGAAAUUAUAUCACAUGGAUUUAUAUCAUAUUGUAUGAUCUACCGCACAUAUGUAUAGUGUUUAAGGUCAUCACAAUCGGUUGCAUAUUUCCUAGAAUUUCAAUAAUUUACAUGUGAAUGUGAUUUCUAAAAUUGUAAAGAUUUUUCUUAUUUUUUUAUGUUUUAAGUAUUUGAAGAUUGAGUCCCUUAAAAUCGAAGAUGAAAAUCAUUGUUUUAUCAAGACAGAAAAGUUUGAGGAAUCAUCUUAUAAUCGAUUUUAUAUAACAUGUCUUGGUAAACCGCAAGAUUACAAAAUAUAAUUGAUGAUGAUUGAACUGAUUAAACUAAGCUGGUAGAAUCAUAAAGAAAAUAAAAAUAAGAAUAGUGCAUUGAAUAACUACAAAAGUAGAUUAUUAUUCUAAGUUUCGAUGAUUUGUAAAAUGAUUUGGAAAAUUAUAUAAGGACCUAUUUUAUAAGGAAAACCUCUCAUAACAACAAGAUGUGUUUUAUAUUUACAUACAUCCUAGAUGACUAAAUGAGAUAAAGCACAAGCGCAGGGAACAUAAUUGAUCUACUGCAAACAGAACUUUUCCAUGAAUAUAUCUUUCAGUUUCAACUGGCAAUAAAUUAUAAUGGCUUAUAGCAUGACGAAAUAUAUGAAUGUCAUGUAGUUGAUUUAGGAACAGAUAUGAAUAAUUAUAAGAUACAUUGUACACACUCAUUUUUUUGGAAUAUUCAAUAAAUGUGCGUUUUCUACUUA